GCACUGGCCCGCUAACAGCUGACGCUUGCCGCUCGCUGUGAAUGGCAAGCGAAGAAGAAGAGACGCGCACGUUUUAUUGAAUUCGUUAUUAUUUACAAAAGUUUCGAGCAACAAAUGUGCCAAAAUGGUGGAUAAUAUAUCGCUGAAUGUUACGGUGCAGCCGUCGGCCCGGAUAAAUAAACAGAAACCGCCUUUGCAAUCGGCUAAAAAACGUGCUCAGAAAUCUCAGGAUUUCGACUUUCAAUUCAAUGUGGAGAAGCCCAAAGUCAAGGCAAUCGUGGUGCGCAGAAGGGCGCCUCCUUCGAAAGUGGAGCCCACGAGUUCCGGCGUCUCCAAUGCCACCAAAUCCCCGACGCCCUCAGUUCCGGCCACCAAAUCCACGCUGCCCGCUCUCCCCGCCGCCUCCAAAUCAAAUAUAUUCAACGAGGAUCUUAUGUUCAAUGUUGGCCCCUCGAAACCAGCGGCCAAGAGCGUUUUAGGCGACGAUUUUAUGCUAAAUGUGACCACAAAGCCGGUGGCCACCCAGAAAGCCAAGCCGAAAAUCACACGAGCCGAGAGGUUGGGCAAGAAACAGAGGCAGGGAAAGCCUGUGACGAAGCUCAGCGAGGAGCAGAUCACGCGGGCGCUGAAGAGCCACAAGAAGCCCAGGAAUCCCAAUCAAUUACCCACGCCCGGUGACCUUUUCCGGGCUCAACUGGAGGAGGAGAGGCGGAAGAGGAGGCGAGAAGCGGAGGGAUUGGGAGAAGAGGAUCGGGCAGCCAGCGGCGAUGAGGAGGAGCCGAAGGGCAAGUCAGGAGAGGGAUCUUCGAGGGGAAAAGUCAGUUUAAAUGGGAGAAGGCCGCAAAAAUCAUCAGAUCGUGAGGAGUCAGCUGAAUCCGGCGAAGAAUCCGCUGCAUCCGAUGACGAACCAGAUGAAUCCAGUGCAGAAUCCCCAGCUGCAGGAGGGGAGCCCAAAAAAACGGCGAAGAAGCCACAGAAAGCUGAGGAAACCUCAUCCCUCAACCAUUUUCGCACCAAGAAGAUUGGCCUCUUCGACCAAAGCGACGUGGAGGCACUCAAGCAGCUGGGCCAAAGAGCAGUGAAGCCCGUCAAGGAGACCAUCUUUACAGGCUCCAAAAUAUCCACCUUGGGACUGCAUCCUCAUGCUGUGAAGAACCUGGAGGACCUGCUUAGCAUUCGAGAGCUGACCAGCGUCCAGCAGAAGACCAUACCCGAAGUGCUCCAGGGCAAGGAUGUGCUUGUACGUUCGCAGACGGGUUCGGGAAAGACCCUGGCAUACGCACUACCUCUGGUGGAACUGCUGCAGAAAGAGCAGCCCAGGAUUCAGCGGAAAGACGGUGUGCUGGCCCUGGUGAUUGUGCCCACCAGGGAGCUGGUGAUGCAGACAUACGAACUCAUCCAGAAGUUGGUCAAGCCGUACACAUGGAUAGUGCCCGGCUCCUUGCUGGGCGGCGAGAGCAGGAAAAGCGAAAAGGCCAGGCUGAGGAAGGGCAUCAACAUACUGAUUGGCACACCUGGUCGUCUGGUGGAUCACCUGCUGCACACGACCUCCUUCAAGCUGGCCAAACUGCAGUUCCUCAUACUGGAUGAAGCCGAUCGCCUGCUGGAGCUGGGCUACGAACGCGAUGUCAAGCAGUUGGUGGAGGCCAUUGACAAGCAGCGUGCGGAGUGCGAGGACAAGGAUCUUCCCCAGCUGCAAAGGAUGCUGCUGAGUGCCACCUUGACCUCACAGGUCCAACAGCUGGCCGGCUUGACUCUCAAGGAUCCCCUGUACAUAGACAACAGCGAUGAGGCGGCGAGUGCGGCGCUGAAGGGCAAGGAUGGCUACCAAAAGGAGACCAUAGAGGCCUUGCUAGAGGUGGACGACGGACUGGGCGAGUACCAGGAGGACGUGACGGGUGUGCUGAGUAUUCCCGAGAACCUGCAGCUCAGCUAUGUGGUGGUGCCGCCCAAGCUACGCCUGGUGGCCCUCUCCGCGCUGCUGGCCAAGGAAGUGGACGCCAGUCCCAAGCAGUUCAAGGCGAUUGUGUUCAUGAGCACCACGGAGAUGGUGAACUUCCAUCACGACAUGCUGAACGAGGCGUUGACCAGGCGAGUUCUCGACGAGGAGGACGAGGCGGAGCAAGGCGAUUCGGACGACGAUGGCGACAUACCCUUACUGCAGGGUCUGCGCUUCUUCAAACUUCAUGGCUCCAUGACGCAGACGGAACGGCAGGGAGUUUUCCGUGGCUUCCGCGAUUGCGCCAGCUGCGUCCUGCUGGCCACCGACGUGGUGGGUCGUGGCAUCGAUGUGCCCGACAUAAAGCUGGUGGUGCAGUACACGCCGCCGCAAACCACCGCCGACUUUGUUCACCGCGUGGGUCGAACGGCGCGAGCGGGGCGAAAGGGCAGAGCGGUGCUCUUCCUGGCGCCCAGCGAAGCCCAGUUCGUGCGGCAUCUGGAGAAGAAGCGCAUCCGCAUCCAGCAGGGCGACAUGUACGCCUACCUGCAGACCCUGCUGCCCAAGGACGCUGAGGCCAGGACGGUGCAGGAGGCGGCCUCCAAUCUGCAGCACAAGUUCCAGACGCUGCUCGAGGAUGAUCGCGAGCUGCACGACAAGUCCUGCAAAGCCUUUGUGUCCUGGAUGAAGUUCUACUCGACGUUUCCCAAGGAGCUGAAGCCCAUCUUCAACGUGCGCAUCGCCCACAUGGGCCACUUCGCCAAGAGCUUCGCCCUCAAGGAGGCGCCCUCCAAGUUCGCCGCCCAGCACGCCGCCCCCAAGGCAGCCCCGCCCACCAACCGACUGACCUACACGGAAAGAGAUCCCGAGAAGAUCCAGGCCCAGAAGCGGGCCAAGCGGCGAUUCACGACGACGGUCAGCGGGGAGGUGCGGCAGCUGCAGCAGCGGGACGGAGGAGCGCAGAAGCCAGGAGCACCGCCAUCCAAGGGAGGCUUCAUGGGCGGCGGAGUGGGUCGCAGCAGCUUCAUGAAGAGCCUGGGCAAGUCGAGGACGCUGAAUAUGUCCGAGUUCGACAGCGGACUGCCACCUGAGGGAGCCGCCAAGCGACGCAAGCAGGCGUAGGAGGAGCACUUGGAGCAGUUCAAGGACUUGGAGGGGAAAGUGGACCCAGUGCGGUCCGGAUGGAGUUCCGAGCACUUUGCGGCUCUUUAUGCGCGCCAUUUUGCCUGUCCGCUGUGCCUGCUCAAGCAUUUAAUCGAAAAGAAAAUUGCUCCAUAUAUAUUAUAUAUAUAAAGCCGAGUAAAAAUCUAAGAAAACCCAAGGA